UUGUUUCUAUAAGAUAGUCCAGCGCCAUGUAUGAAUCAACAAGAGAAAAAACGAAUAAAAUUCUCAUUCUACGUUGGAAUAGAGAAAUGGGUAGCAUAUCAGUAGAGCAGAUGAUGGAAAAGCAGAGAGCAAAAGGUCCGGCCACAAUUCUUGCCAUCGGAACGGCUACUCCUCCCAAUUCUUACCUCCAGGCCGAUUAUCCAGACUUCUACUUUCGCGUGACAAACAGUGAACACAAGACUCAACUCAAAGAAAAGUUUAAGCGAAUCUGUGAUAAAAGCAUGAUAAAAACACGUUACCUGCAUAUUACAGAGGAAAUCCUAGACGAAAAUCCUAACAUGCGCAAUUACUCCGCCCCGUCGUUCAAUGCUCGCCAAGAAAUGCUGCGGAUGGAGGUUCCGAAGCUUGGAAGAGAAGCCGCUUUGAAAGCCAUCAAAGAGUGGGGACAUUCCAAGUCAGAAAUCACCCAUCUCAUCUUUUGCACCACUUCGGGCUACGAUAUGCCCAGCGCCGACUACCAGCUCACCAAGCUUCUAGGCCUCAGUCCGUCCGUGAAGCGCCACAUGAUCUACCUACAAGGUUGUUUCGCGGGGGGGACCGUCCUUCGUCUGGCCAAAGAUCUUGCUGAGAACAAUAAGGGUGCUCGUGUUUUAGUUGUUUGUGCUGAGAUCACAACCAUAACAUUCCGAGGCCCUCAUCUGGAGUCCUUGCUCCCUCAAGCACUGUUUGGCGAUGGGGCCUCUUCGGUGAUUGUUGGGUCUGAUCCGGACCCUCUCACCGAACGUCCACUCUUCCAGAUCGUGUCCUCGGCCCAACACAUAUUGCCUGAUUCAGAAGACACAAUCCGUGGAAAACUGGGGGAGUCAGGCCUCAUGUUUUUCCUGAAAAAGAACAUAACUACAUUGAUUGCCAGUGACAUAGAGAAGCUACUAAAAGAAGCUUUUGAACCCAUUGGAAUUUCCGAUUGGAAUUCGCUCUUCUGGAUAACCCACCCUGGUGGCCCGGCUAUUUUAAACCAGAUUGAACUUGUGUUAGGCCUCAAAGAAGAGAAAAUGUGGGCGUCUCGGAAGGUGUUGAGUCAGUACGGUAAUAUGGCGAGUGCAUGUGUUUUGUUUGUUUUGGAUGAAAUGAGGAAGAAAUCAAUGAAAGAUGGCAUGGCAACUACUGGUGAUGGCUUGGACUGGGGUGUGGCCUUUGGUUUCGGGCCAGGUCUCACCGUCGAAACAGUUGUGCUGCAUAGUAUGCCUGUUACUAGUUUCACUUAAUGCAUGCACGAGGGAAUUAGACAUUUCGAAUUGCAUUAGUAUUUGAUGAACUUGCGUUGAUGAUGUUUUAUCUACUUUUCUGUUUGUUACCUUCAUAUUGUGUGUUGUAACUUGUAAGUAAAUUACUCGUUCUAUUUCUGUGUUCAAAAGUUUUAUAUAUGUUUGCAAACAGUUUCUCUAAUCUUGGAAUGCAACUAUU